AUGUCUAAGAAAGACGCUGGGAGCAAGUCUGGUGUUGAGGAGGAUCCUGUUUUAGGUAAACUUCCUGAGUUGACCUCUCCUUUGAAAACCCCAAAGGUGAGCGAGUUGGUAGGACUACUGAAGGAAGAGAGGGUCCCUACAGUUGACACUUCGAUGUCUAGGAAGCAGCUGACUGCUGAAUAGAGUAAAGAUGUUUCUCUCUCCCCUCUUUUUGCUAAGAUACGUCCAGAGGAAAUUGAGUUAUCGCGCCACUUCUGGGCAAGACAAUUGGCACAGUUGCACUUCGACAAGAGAUACUGAGGUUGGCUCACGAUGGUAGUAUGGCAGGCCAUGUUGGGGUCAACAAGAUGUUUGACCGUACCUUGCGUAACUACUUCUGGCCUGAAACAGGAUGUUGUGGCUUACUGUAAAUUCUGCUGCUUUUGCCAGAGUACGGAUCAACCGAAUUAAGCUGUACUGGUUGCACCUUUGCAGUCUAUUCCUUCUUUUGACAAACCUUUCAGCAGGGUUCUGUUGGUCUGUGUUGGUUCUUUACCAUCGUGUGCUGCCACUCUUUUCCCUGAGGCCAUUCCACUGAGGAAAAUCACGUCUCCCAGUAUUCUUAAGUCCCUUGUGAAGUUAUUUUCAACGUUUGGACUUCCGCAGAUAGUGCAAUCGAACCAAGAUUCAAAUUUCAUGUCAAUGUCUUCCAGCAAGUGCUACAGCAGUUGGGUGUUACCCAUAGUGCCUCUAGUGCCUACCAUCCAGAGUUUCAAGGUGGUCUUGAGAGAUUUCAUCAGACUUUGAAGUCUGUUGAGAGCUUACUGCUUUGAAUUUGAGAAUGACUGGAAGAAGGGGUCACUCUAGUGCUGUUUGUAGCACUGGAGGUUGUUCAGGAAUCUAUUUUAGUUAGAUUGAGCUUGUUUGGACAUCCUGUCAGAGGUCCUUUUGAGCUUGCUGAGAGAGGUUGUUGCAGGGCAAAAUAAACACCACAACAAAUCUGUUGGAGCACGUUGGCACUUUUCUAUACAGAUUGCACCGCGCCUGUGGGUUUGCAAGUGAGAAUCUGGAGAAGGCGCAAACGAAAAUGAAAGUUUGGUACAAUCGGAAGGCCCGAAGACGCACUUUCGAUGUGGGUGACCAAGUCCUGGUUUUGUUGGCUGUUCUGGGGUCACCGUUGCAAGCUCGCUUUUCAGGCCCUUACCCCAUAGUAAAAAAUAUAUAGUAAUCUGGAUUACAUCACCACACCGGAGCGCAGGAAAAAACCCUGGCUGUGUCAUGUCAACAUGUUGAAACUAUACUUUUGGGUGAAGAGGUCUGUGAAAACCGGUAGUGAUGUUCUGCCUGUAGCCACUGCUGUCACCGUUGACUAUAGUCUUCCUCGAGUACGAGGAAAGCCCAAUACAACCUGUGCCGGUUGGUCGGUUGAAUAACUCAGAUUCUAGAAAACCUUGAUGUCAUUUUGGCACUUGUCUCCGGAGGAAAAAGGCGACAUUGUUUUUAGAAUAUCAGCGUUUAUUCUCAGAUGUGCCAACUCCGACAAAUGUACUAGAGCAUGACAUUGACGUUGGGGACACUAGGCACAUGCCUAGUGAGUGAAUCCUGAAAAGAGAGAGAAACUCCGCAGUGAGGUGGAGUUCAUGCUUGAGCACGGCGUCGCACAACAUGGCAACAGUCUGUGGAGUUUGCUCUGUAUAUUAGUACCUAAUGCGGCUGGGUCUGCGGUUUUGUUCCGAUUUUCGGAAACUCAAGGCCGUUACUAAGUCUGACUCAUACCCUUUGCCUAGGGUCAACGAUUGUGUGGACCGUGUUGGCGCUGCUAAUUACGUUAGCAAGUUCGAUCUGCUGAAGGGAUAUUGUGAGGUCCCCCUAACUGAGUUCGCCAAAGAGUUGUCUGCUUUUGUCUCUCCUGGUGGUUUGUUUUCCUGUCUUAAUCUCCCGUUUGGGUCUUUAAAUGCUAAGACCCUUUUGGUCUCUGCACCGGUGCUAGCUGCUCCCGAUUUCCGUCGUCCAUUUGCUUUGUACACCGAUGCCAGCGAUGUAGGAGCAGGGGCUGUGCUCCUACAGAAAGACAAUAUGAAUGUUGAGCACCCUGUGGGGUACUUUUCAAAUACAUUUGCCUCAUCAACAACAAUACUCGACUAUCGAGAAGGAGAUGCUCGCUUUGGUACUGGCUCUUCAGCACUUCAAAGUUUAUGUAUCGGGUCUCUACCCCUAUGGUGGUCUAUACCGAUCAUAAACCUCUCAUUUCCUGCAAAAGAAGAGUUCCACGAAUCGCAGACUCCUUUGCUGGAGUCUCAUAUUGCAGGAGUUUCCCCUUGAAAUCAGACAUGUCCGUGGUAAGGACAACUUGGUUGCUGAUUUGUCUUUCAAGAGUGGGCAGUCAAUAAGUUUGAUGUUUUGCGUUUAGCCCACAGGAGGUUGGUGGCACCUUAAUUGGGGAGAACGGGCUCGUGGUAAUGGCUGGAGCGGAAUGAGUGGAAUGGUAUCAAAUACAUCAAACAUUUACAUUUACAUUUUAGUCAUUUGGCAGACGCUCUUAUCCAGAGCGACUUAGUUAGUGAGUGCAUAAUUUAUUUUAUUUUUUCAUACUGUUUUCCAUGUGUUUGAUGCCAUUCCAUUUGCUCCAUUCCAGCCAUUAUUAUGAGUCACCCUCCCCUCAGCAGCCUCCACUGGUUUAGCCAGUGUGUAGCCCUGGCACACAUUUCAUUUUGACUGCACGUUUUGCUUUAUUGGAGAUUAGUUUCGUUUUGGUUUGGCUCAUUCCAAGGGAAUGAGAGUUAUAGAAACGUACGCGAUCUUCAGAGUUUUAGGCAGCUAUAGAAAGAGAAUGGAAGUACUAUUAUUAAAAGUGUGUAUAUGCUGUAUAUUACCCCCCGGAAAAGUGGUUGUUUGGUCUUGUAUGAGAGACCGCCAGUGUUUUAUAUCGGUUUAUAUUGGAGAAGGCGACGCAUUGAAUUAGUGCUGCAUUUUGGUUGAUCAUGUUUUGAUAUUAAAGUUGUUUUCUGUUGCUUGUGAGCAAACUUUUAUUGGCAUAUUUGUUGUCUUAAUGGAAAAGUUAUUACAGGCUUAGGUUUUUCCUUUAUAUUUCGAGGUUGGACGUUAGCGCGUCCAAGCUGAUCUUCCUCCCUGUUUUUGUUUUGCUUUACUUUUUGGUUUGCUUUGUGUCUUCAAGUUUGGUGUAGGUAUUCAUUUAGUGGGUGCUCUUGGUGGGUGUCUUUUAGGUCCCAGUUGUUGUUUCUAGUCAAUUCAGUAGACACCCCCAUGAGUGUUUUUCAGAACCCCUCUUAGAACCCCACCGGUUUGGUUCUGGUUCUUAUUGUUAGUGACUCUUUGUUAGUAACCCAUUUUGUUUGGGAGUCAAUUUUUGGUUCCUUGCUGGGGAACGUAACGCCUACACACAAUACCCCAUAAUGUCAAAGUGGAAUUAUGUUUUUAGACAUUUUUACAAAUUAAUUAAAAAUGAAAAGCUGAACUAUCUAGACUCUAGGUGUUCAACCCCUUUGUUAUGGCAAGCCUAAAUAAGUUCAGGAGUAAAAAUAUGCUUAACUAGUCACAUAAGCAUGGACUCACUCUGUGUGCAAUUAUGUUAAACAUGAUUUAGAAUGACUACCUCCUCUCUGUACCCCACAGAUACAAUUCUCUGUAAGGUCCCUCAGUCGAGCAGUGAAUUUCAAACACAGAUUCAACUACAAAGACCAGGGAGGUUUUUCAAUACCUCGCAAAGGACGACACCUGUUGGCAUAUAGGUAAAAAUAACAUUGAAUAUCCCUUCGAGCAUGGUGAAGUUAUUAAUUACACUUUAGAUGGUGUAUCAAUACACCCAGUCACUACAAAGAUACAGGCGUCCUUCCUAACUCAGUUGCCGGAAAGGAAGGAAACGGCUCAGGGAUUUCACAAUGAAGCCAGUGGUGACUUUUAAAACAGAGAUUAAUGACUGUGAUAAGAGAGAACUGAGGAUGGAUCAACAACAUUGUAGUUACUCCAAAAUACUAACCUACACUGAACAAAAAUAUAAACGCAACAUGUAAAGUGUUGGUCCUAUGUUUCAUGAGCUGAAAUAAAAGAUCACAGAAAUGUUUCAUACUUACAAAACGCUUUUCUCUCAAAUCUUGUGCACUAAUUUGUUUACAUCUCUGUUAGUGUUAGCAUUUCUCCUUUGCCAAGAUAAUCCAUCCACCUGACAGGUGUGGCAUAUCAAGAAGCUGAUUAAACAGCAUGAUCAUUAUACAGGUGCACCUUGUGCUGGGGACAAUAAAAGGCCACUCUAAAAUGUGCAGUUUUGUCACACAACACAAUGCCACAGAUGUCUCAAGUUUUGAGGGAGCGUGCGAUUGGCAUGCUGACUGCAGGAAUGUCCACCAGAGCUGUUGUCAGAGAAUUUAAUGUUAAUUUCUCUACCAAUGUCGUUUUAGAGAAUUUGGCAGUACGUCAUACCGGCCUCACAACCGCAGACCACGUGUAACGAUGCCAGCCCAGGUCCUCCACAUCCGGCUUCUUCGAUGGCCACUGGCACGCUGGAGAAGUGUGCUCUUCACGGAUGAAUCCCAGUUUCAACUGUACCGGGCAGAUGGCAGACGUGUGGGCGAGCGGUUUGCUGAUGUCAACAUUGUGAACAGAGUGCCCCAUGGUGGCGGUGGGGUUAUGGUAUGGGCAGGCAUAAGCUAUGGACAACUAACAUAAUUGCAUUUUAUCGAUGGAAAUUUGAAUGCACAGAGAAACGAUGACGAGAUAAUGGCGCCGGAGGGGAUGGCUGCCGUUUUAUGGACUCUUAACCAACCGUGCUAUUUUGUGUGUUUUUCGCAUUGUUUGUAACUUAUUUUGUACAUAAUGUUGCUGAUACCAUCUCUUAUGACUGAAAAGAGCUUCUGGACAUCAGAACAGCGAUUACUCACCUUGAACUGGAUGAAUAAUUUUUCAUUAAUGAGUCGGACAAGAGGGAUUUGCUCCAGACAUCCGACAGGGCCCUCAUCCCCAUCAUUCACAGUAGAAAGAAAAGGAGAUGUCGCGGAAGGAGAUUGGGGUUCUUGUUAAGGAGCCGGUGACAAGUGGCUAAUCUGCCUUUGCCAUCGAUACUAUUGGCCAAUUUACAAUCGCUUGAUAAUGAAGUGGACGGACUACAGGCACAUAUCCUACCAACGGAACAUUAAAAACUGUAAUAUCUUAUGUUUCACCGAGUCGUGGCUGAACGAAGCCUUGAAUAACAUACAGCUGGCGGGUUAUACACUGUAUCUGCAGGAUAGAACAGCAGCUUCUUCUAAGACGAGGGGUGGCAGUCUAUAAACAACAGCUGGUGCACGAUAUCUAAGGAAGUCUCAAGGUUUUGCUCGCUUGAGGUAGAGUAUCUCAUGAUAAGCUGUAGACCACACUAUCUACCAAGAGUUUUCAUCUAUAUUCUUCAUAGCUGUCUAUUUACCGCCACAAACUGAUGCUGGCACUAAGACCGCACUCAAUGAACUGUAUACGGCCAUAAGCAAACAGGAAAACGCUCAUCCAGAGGCGCCGCUCCUAGUGGCCGGGGACUUUAAUGCAGGGAAACUUAAAUCCGUUUUACCUCCUUUCUACCAGCAUGUUAAAUGUGCAACCAGAGGGGAAAAAAACUCUAGACCACCUUUACUCCACACACAGAGACGCGUACAAAGCUCUCCAUCGCCAUCCAUUUGGAAAAUCUAACCAUAAUUCUAUCCUUCUGAUUCCUGCUUACAAGGAAAAAAUAAAGCAGGAAGCACCAGUGACUCUGUAAAUUCAAAAAUGGUCAGAUGAAGCAGAUGCUAAGCUACAGGACUGUUUUGCUAGCACAGACUGGAAUAUGUUCCGGGAUUCUUCCGAUGGCAUUGAGGAGUACACCACAUCAGUCACUGGCUUCAUCAAUAAGUGCAUCGAUGACGUCGUCCCCACAGUGACUGUACGUACAUACCCCAACCAGAAGCCAUGGAUUACAGGCAACAUCCUCACUGAGCUUAAAGGUAGAGCUGCCGCUUUCAAGGAGCGGGACUCUAACCUGGUAUGCCUAAAUCCCGCUAUGCCCUCCGACGAACCAUCAAACAGGCAAAGCAUCAAUACAGGACUAAGAUCGAAUUGUACUACACCGGUUCCGACGCUCGUUGGAUGUGGCAGGGCCUGCAAACUAUUACAGACUACAAAGGGAAGCACAGCCGCGAGCUGCCCAGUGACGCAAGCCUACCAGACGAGCUAAAUUACUUCUAUGCUCGCUUCGAGGCAAGUAACACUGAAACAUGCAUGAGAGCAUCAGCUGUUCCGGAUGACUGUGUGAUCACGCUCUCCGUAGCCGAUGUGAGUAAGACCUUUUAAACAGAACAACAUUCACAAGGCCGCAGGGCCAGACGGACUACCAGGACAUGUACUCCGAGCGUGCACUGACCAACAGGCAAGUGUCUUCACUGACAUUUUCAACCCCUCCCUGUCUGAGUCUGUAAUACCAACAUGUUUCAAGCAGACCACCAUAGUCCCUGUGCCCAAGAACACUAAGGUAACCUGCCUAAAUGACUACCGACCCGUAGCACUCACGUCUGUAGCCAUGAAGUGCUUUGAAAGGCUGGUCAUGGCUCACAUCAACACCAUUAUCCCAGAAACCCUAGACCCACUCCAAUUUGCAUACCGCCCGACAGAUCCAUAGAUGAUGCAAUCUAUGUUGCGCUUCACUCUCUCCUUUCACACCUUUACAAAAGGAACACCUAUGUGAGAAUGCUACUCAUUGACUACAGCUCAGCGUUCAACACCAUAGUGCCCUCAAAGCUCAUCACUAAGCUAAGGACCCUGGGACUAAACACCUCCCUCUGCAACUGGAUCCUGGACUUCCUGACGGGUCGCCCCCAGGUGGUAAGGGUAGGUAACAACACAUCCGCCACGCUGGUCCUCAACACGGGUACCCCUCAGGGGUGCAUGCUCAGUCUCCUACUGUACUCCCUGUUCACUCAUGACUGCAUGGCCAGGUACUACUCCAACACCAUCAUUAAGUUUGCCGAUGACACAACAGGGGUAGGCCUGACCACCGACAAUGACGAGACAGCCUAUAGGGAGGAGGUCAGAGACCUGGCCAUGUGGUGCCAGGACAACAACCUCUCCCUCAACGUGAUCUAGACAAAGGAGAUGAUUGUGGACUACAGGAAAAAGAAGGUGACCAAACAUGCCCCCAUUCUCAUCAACGGAGCUGUAGUGGAGCAGGUUGAGAGCUUCAAGUUCCUCGGUGUCCACAUCAACAACAAACUAACAUGGUCCAAGCACACCAAGACAGUUGUGAAGAGGGCACAACAAAACCUAUUCCCCCUAAGGAGACUGAAAAGAUUUGGCAUGGGUCCUCAGAUCCUCAAAAGGUUCUACAGCUGCACCAUCGAGAGCAUCCUGACUGGUUGCAUCACUGCCUGAUAUGGCAACUGCUUGGCCUCCGACCUCAAGGCACUACAGAGGGUAGUGCGUCCGGCCCAGUACAUCACUGGAGCCAAGCUUCUUGCCAUCCAGGACCUCUAUACCAGGCGGUGUCAGAGGAAGGCCCUAAAAAUGGUCAAAGACUCCAGCCACCCUAGUCAUAGACUGUUCUCUCUGCUACCGCACGGCAAGCGGUACCGGAUCGCCAAGUCUAGGUCCAAGAGGCUUCUAAACAGCUUCUACCCCCAAGCCAUAAGACUCCUGAACAUCUAAUGAAAUGGCUACCCCUCUUUUACGCUGCUGCUACUCUGUUUAUUAUCUAUGCAUAGUCACUUUAAUAACUCUAUCUACAUGUACACUACCGUUCAAAAGUUUAGGGUCUUUUUUUUUUGUUCACUAAAAUAACAUCAAAUUGAUCAGAAAUACAGUGUAGACAUUGUUAAUGUUGUAAAUGGUAUUGUAGCUGGAAACUGCUGAUUAAAAAAAAAUUGAAUAUCUAUGUAGGCGUACAGAGGCCCAUUAUCAGCAACCAUCAGUCCUGUGUUCCAAUGGCACGUUGUGUUUGCUAAUCCAAGUUUAUCAUUUUAAAUGGCUAAUUGAUCAUUAGAAAACCCUUUUGCAAUUAUGUUAGCACAGCUGAAAACUGUUGUGCUGAUUAAAGAAGCAAUAAAACUGGCCUUCUUGAGACUAGUUGAGUAUCUGGAGCAUCAGCAAUUGUGGGUUCGAUUACAGGCUCAGAAUGGCCAGAAACAAAUAACUUUCUUCUGAAACUCGUCAGUCUAUUCGCAAAACACCAGUCUCAAUGUCAACAGUGAAGAGGCGACUCCGGGAUGCUGACCUUCUAGGCAGAGUUGCAAAAAAAAGCCAUAUCUCAGACUGCCCAUAUUAAUCUUUAAUUUUUAUUGGCCAGUCUGAGAUAAGGUUUUUUCUUUGCAACUCUGCCUAGAAGGUCAGCAUCCCGGAGUCACCUCUUCACUGUUGACGUUGAGACUGGUGUUUUGCGGGUACUAUUUAAUGAAGCUGCCAGUUGAGGACCAGUGAGGCGUCUGUUUCUCAAACUAGACACUAAUGUAUUUGUCCUCUUGCUCAGUUGUGCACCGGGGCCUCCCACUCCUCUUUCUAUUCUGGUUAGAGCCAGUUUGCGCUGUUCUGUGAAGGGAGUAGUACACAGCGUUGUACGAGAUCUUCAGUUUCUUGGGAAUUUCUCGCAUGGAAUAGCCUUCAUUUCUCAGAACAAGAAUAGACUGACGAGUUUCAGAAGAAGGUUAUUUGUUUCUGGCCAUUUUGAGCCUGUAAUCAAACCCACAAUUGCUGAUGCUCCAGAUACUCAACUAGUCUCAAGAAGGCCAGUUUUAUUGCUGCUUUAAUCAGCACAACAGUUUUCAGCUGUGCUAACAUAAUUGCAAAAGGGUUUUCUAAUGAUCAAUUAGCCUUUUAAAAUGAUAAACUUGGAUUAGCAAACACAACGUGCCAUUGGAACACAGGACUGAUGGUUGCUGAUAAUGGGCCUCUGUACGCCUAAGUAGAUAUUCCAUUAAAAAUCAGCAGUUUCCAGCUACAACAGCCAUUUACAACAUUAACAAUGUCUACACUGUAUUUCUGAUCAAUUUGAUGUUAUUUUAAUGGACACAAAAAUUGCUUUUCUUUCGAAAACAAGGACAUUUCUAAGUGACCCCAAACUUUUGAACGGUAGUGUACAUAUUACCUCGACUAACCGGUGCCCCCUGUAUAUAGCCUCGCUUUUGUUAUUUUUACUGCUACUCAUUAAUUAUUUGUUACUUUUAUUUAGUAUUUUAUAUCGUUUCUUUUCUUGGGGGGGGGGGUAUUAUUUUUUAAGACUGCAUUGUUGGUAAAGGGCUUGUAAGUAAGCAUGUCACUGUAAGGUCUAUGCCUGUUGUAUUCAGCUCAUUUGACAAAUACGAUUUGAUUUGAGAUCCUGAGGCCUGUUGUCGGGCCAUUCAUCCGCCGCCAUCACCUCAUGUUUCACCACCAUCAUUACUCCUGAGUGGCGCAGUGGUCUAAGGCACUGCAUCGCAGUGCUAACUGUGCCACUAGAGAUCCUGGUUCGAAUCCAGGCUCUGUCGCAGCCGGCCGCGACCGGGAGACUCAUGGGCGGCGCACAAUUGGCCCAGCGUCGUCCAGGGUAGGGGAGGGAAUGGCCGGCAGGGAUGUAGCUCAGUUGAUAGAGCAUGGCGUUUGCAACGCCAGGGUUGUGGGUUCGAUUCCCACGGGGGGCCAGUAUAAAAAAAAUAUGUAUUCACUAACUGUAAGUCGCUCUGGAUAAGAGCGUCUGCUAAAUGACUAAAAUGUAAAUGUAAAUAAUGCACGGGCCAAUUUCGCAAGAGUCUGUACACAAUUCCUGCAAGCUGAAAAUGUCCCAGUUCUUCCAUGGCCUGCACACUCACCAGACAAUGUCACCCAUUGAGCAUGUUUGGGAUGCUCUGGAGCAACGUGUAGGACAGCGUGUUCCAGGUCCCGCAAAUAUCCAGCAACUUCGCACAGCCAUUGAAGAGGAGUGGGACAACAUUCCACAGGCCACAAUCAACAUCCUGAUCAACUCUAUGCGAAGGAGAUGUCGCGCUGCAUGAGGCAAAUAGUGGUCACCAGAUACUGACUGGUUUUGGUCCCGUGUAGCUCAGUUGAUAGAGCAUGGCGCUUGCAACGCCAGGGUUGUGGGUUCGUUUCCCACGGGGGGCCAGUAUGAAAAAUUUAUGCACUCACUAACUCUAAGUCGCUCUGGAUAAGAGCGUUUGCUAAAUGACUAAAAUGUUAAAUGUUAAUGUUUUCUGAUCCAUGCCCCUACCUUUUUUUUGUAUCUGUGACCAACAGAUGCAUAUCUGUAUUCCCAGUCAUGUGAAAUCCGUAGAUUAGGGCCGAAGGAAUUUAUUUCAAUUGACUGAUGUCCUUAUAUGAACUGUAACUAAGUAAAUUCGUUGAAAUUGUUGCAUGUUGCGUUUUAUAUUUUUGUUCAGUGUAAAUGACAGUGAAAAGAAGGAAGCCUGUACAAAAUAAAACUAUAAAUCAAAUCAAUUCUAUUUGUAAUUUGUCACAUACACGUGUUUAGCAGAUGUUAUUGCGGGUGUAGCGAAAUGCUUGUGCUUCUAGCUCCGACAGUGCAGUAAUAUCUAACAAGUAAUGUCUAAUUUCACAACUUAUACCCAAUACACACACAUCUAGGUAAGGAAUGGAAUUUAAGAAUAUAUACGUAUAUGGACAAGCAAUGACCGAGCGGCAUGGACUAAGAUACAGUAUAAUAUUAUAGAACACGGUAUAUACAGUGGGGGGAAAAAAAGUAUUUAGUCAGCCACCAAUUGUGCAAGUUCUCCCACUUAAAAAGAUGAGAGAGGCCUGUAAUUUUCAUCAUAGGUACACGUCAACUAUGACAGACAAAUUGAGAAUUUUUUUUCCAGAAAAUCACAUUGUAGGAUUUUUAAUGAAUUUAUUUGCAAAUUAUGGUGGAAAAUAAGUAUUUGGUCACCUACAAACAAGCAAGAUUUCUGGCUCUCACAGACCUGUAACUUCUUCUUUAAGAGGCUCCUCUGUCCUCCACUCGUUACCUGUAUUAAUGGCACCUGUUUGAACUUGUUAUCAGUAUAAAAGACACCUGUCCACAACCUCAAACAGUCACACUCCAAACUCCACUAUGGCCAAGACCAAAGAGCUGUCAAAGGACACCAGAAACAAAAUUGUAGACCUGCACCAGGCUGGGAAGACUGAAUCUGCAAUAGGUAAGCAGCUUGGUUUGAAGAAAUCAAUUGUGGGAGCAAUUAUUAGGAAAUGGAAGACAUACAAGACCACUGAUAAUCUCCCUCGAUCUGGGGCUCCACGCAAGAUCUCACCCCGUGGGGUCAAAAUGAUCACAAGAAUGGUGAGCAAAAAUCCCAGAACCACACAGGGGGACCUUGUGAAUGACCUGCAGAGAGCUGGGACCAAAGUAACAAAGUCUACCAUCAGUAACACACUACGCCGCCAGGGACUCAAAUCCUGCAGUGCCAGACGUGUCCCCCUGCUUAAGCCAGUACAUGUCCAGGCCCGUCUGAAGUUUGCUAGAGUGCAUUUGGAUGAUCCAGAAGAGGAUUGGGAGAAUGUCAUAUGGUCAGAUGAAACCAAAAUAUAACUUUUUGGUAAAAACUCAACUCGUCAUGUUUGGAGGACAAAGAAUGCUGAGUUGCAUCCAAAGAACACCAUACCUACUGUGAAGCAUGGGGGUGGAAACAUCAUGCUUUGGGGCUGUUUUUCUGCAAAGGGACCAGGACGACUGAUCCGUGUAAAGGAAAGAAUGAAUGGGGCCAUGUAUCGUGAGAUUUUGAGUGAAAACCUCCUUCCAUCAGCAAGGGCAUUGAAGAUGAAACGUGGCUGGGUCUUUCAGCAUGACAAUGAUCCCAAACACACCACCCGGGCAACGAAGGAGUGGCUUCGUAAGAAGCAUUUCAAGGUCCUGGAGUGGCCUAGCCAGUCUCCAGAUCUCAACCCCAUAGAAAAUCUUUGGAGGGAGUUGAAAGUCUGUGUUGCCCAGCGACAGCCCCAAAACAUCACUGCUCUAGAGGAGAUCUGCAUGGAGGAAUGGGCCAAAAUACCAGCAACAGUGUGUGAAAACCUUGUGAAGACUUACAGAAAACGUUUGACCUGUGUCAUUGCCAACAAAGGGUAUAUAACAAAGUAUUGAGAAACUUUUGUUAUUGACCAAAUACGUAUUUUCCACCAUAAUUUGCAAAUAAAUUCAUUAAAAGUCCUACAAUGUGAUUUUCUGGAUUUUUUUUCCUCAUUUUGUCUGUCAUAGUUGACGUGUACCUAUGAUGAAAAUUACAGACCUCUCUCAUCUUUUUAAGUGGGAGAACAUGCACAAUUGGUGGCUGACUAAAUACUUUUUUUCCCCACUGUACGUAUGAGAUGGUUAGUGCAAGAUAUGUAAACGUUAUUAAAGUGACUAGUGUUCCAUUUCUUAAAGUGGCCAGUGAUUCCAAUAGGCAGCAGCGCAACCUCUUGUGCUAGUGAUGGCUAUUUAACAGUCUGAUGGCCUUGAGAUAGAAGCUGUUUUUCAUUUUCUUGGUCCCAGCUUUGAUGCACCUGUACUGACCUCGCCUUCUGGAUGAUAGAGGGGUGAACAGGCAGUGGCUCGUGGUUGAUGUCCUUGAUGAUCUUUUUGGUCUUCCUGUGACCGGGUGUCCUAGAGGGCAGGUAGUUUGCCCCCGGUAAUACGUUCGGCAGACCGCACCACCCUCUGGAGAGCCCUGCGGUUGCGGGCGGUGCCGUACCAGGUGGUGAUACAGCCCGACAGGAUGCCCUCAAUUGUGCAUCUGUAAAAGUUUGAAGGUUUUAGGUGCCAAGCCAAAUUUCUUCAGCCUCCUGAGAUUGAAGAGGCUCUAUACUAAAUAUAUUCACGUCACCAAAUAAUUGAUUAAAACAUACUCUUUUGCUAUGAAGGUCUACAUUAACCUUAACAGCACUCUGUAGGGUAGCGCCAUGGUGUAGCUGGAGGACAGCUAGUUUCCGUCCUCCUCUGGGUACAUUGACUUUAAUACAAAACCUAGGAGGCUCAAGGUUCUCACCCACUUCCAUAGACUUACACAGUAAUUUUGACAACUUCCAGAGGAUGGACUCCAACCUAUCAGCUCUCUUGCAGCCUGAACUGACAUGUUGUCCACCCAAUCAAAGGAUCAGAGAAUGACUAGUACUGAAAGCAUACGCUACAGCUACCUAGCACUGCAGUGCAUCAAAUUUGGUGAGCAGUUGACUCAAAGAGCGAGACAAUAGUUAAACAGUUUUUAACAAAUUAAUUUAUUGAAAAAUGAAGGAGAAGCGAGAGAAAGAGCUAGCUAUAUUUCUCAUUCUUUCCACUUUCACUUACUUAGCUAGUGAAUGCAGCUAACUAGUUUAGCCUACUCAAACACCCGGCUCAAACAGAGAGGGGUGCUAUGUUAGCUAGCUGUCUAUAGCUAUCUAACACUGGAACUCUUCCAAGUCAAGGUACGUUUUUGGUUUUAUUAAUUUAUUGCAACCGGGGCCUGCCGGUGUAACUGCUAAACUGCUUGCUGACUGUACACUGUACUGCAUGAUUGUAGCGGGUUUACUAACACGUGAGUUCUAGUAGCUAUGUUGACUAUGAUAUUAACGAUGUAGGCUGUGUGCAGCAGUUAUGAUAUGAAGGUUUGGCUUGGAAAGUUUUAUUUUUUUUGCCUUGGUGACAGACAGCUGAUGUGUUGUGCACUAAAGUCCACAAGCGUAGGGGAAAGGUGAGAGGAGGAGAGCGCGUAGAUGCGAGAAGGAAUACAACAAGCAUAGUAAUCAUGCUAUUUGUAUUUGGCUGCUAUGUAAGUGAACUGUGUUUGCAUGUGAUCAGAGGUUUAUUCAUUCCGCCGAUUCUGUAGAAAAAUAAUUUCCUCCCUCAUCUUAAACAGCACUGACUGCCACUGAUUCCGAAACCUUCAUCCUGUUUGCAAGAAUGCACUAAAGUUGAACUGCAGAAAAAUUUAGCUGAUGGAAAAACAUCCCCACAGCAUGAUGCUGCCACCACCAUGCUUCAUUGUGGGGAUGGUGUUCUCGGGGUGAUGAGAGGUGUUGUGUUUGUGCCAGACAUAGCUUUUUCCUUGAUGGACAAAAAGCUCAUUUUUAGUUUCAUCUGAACAGAGUACCUAAUUCCAUAUGUUUGGGGAGUCUCCCACAUGCCUUUUGGCGAACACCAAACGUGUUUGCUUAUUUUUUCUUUAAGCAAUGGCUUUUUUCUGGCCACGCUUCCGUAAAGCCCAGCUCUGUGGAGUGUAUGGCUUAAAGUGGUCCUAUGGACAGGUACUCCAAUCUCCGCUGUGGAGCUUUGCAGCUCCUUCAGUGUUAUCUUUGGUCUCUUUGUUGCCUCUCUGAUUAAUGCCCUCCUUGCCUGGUCCAUGAGUUUUGGUGGGUGGCCCUCUCUUGGCAGGUUUGUUGUGGUGCCAUUUUCUUUACAUUUUUUAAUAAUGGAUUUAAUGGUGCUCCGUGGGAUGUUCAAAGUUGGGAUUUUUUUUAAAUAACCAACCCUGAUCUGUACUUCUCCACAACUUUGUCCCUGACCUGUUUGGAGAGCUCCUUGGUCUUCUUGGUGCCGCUUGCUUGGUGGUGCCCCUUGCUUAGUGGUGUUGCAGACUCUGGGGCCUUUCAGAACAGGUGUGUGUAUAUAUAUACUGAGAUCGUGUGACACUUAGAUUGCAUACUGGUGGACUUUAUUUAACUAAUAAUGUGCCAUCUGAAGGUAAUUGGUUGCACCAGAUCUUAUUUAGGGGUUUCAUAGCAAAGGAGGUUAAUACAUAUGCACGCACCACUUUUCCGUUAUUAAUUUUUUUAGAAUUGUUGGAAAUUUCAUAUUUUGUGUAUGUCCAUUACAUGAAAUCCAAAUAAAAAUCAAUUUAAAUUACAGGUGGUAAUGCAACAAAAUAAGAAAAACGCCAAGGGGGAUGAAUACUUUUGCAAGGCACUGUAAAACACAAGGCCAAAUCUACACUGGAGUUGCUUACCAAGAAGACAGUGAAUGUUCCUGAGUGGCCUAGUUACAGUUGUGACUUAAAUCUGCUUGAAAAUCUAUGGCAAGACUUGAAAAUGGCUGAAAAGCAAUGAUGAACAACCAACUUGACAGAGCUUGAAGAAUUAAAAAAGAAUAUUGCAAAUAUUGUACAAUCCAGGUGUGCAAAGCUCUUAGAGACUUUCCCAGAAAGACUCACAGCUGUAAUUGCGGCCAAAGAUGAUUCUAACAUGUAUUGACUCAGAGGUGUGAAUGCCUACAGUACCAGUCAAAAGUUUGGACACACCUACUCAUUCAAGGGUUUUUCUUAAUUUUUUACUAUUUUCUAUAUUGUAGAAUAAUAGUGAAGACAUCAAAACUAUGAAAUUACACAUGGAAUCAUGUAGUAACCAAAAAAGUGUUAACCAAAUCAAAAUAUAUUUUAGAUUUGAGAUUCUUCAAAUUAGCCACUCUUUGCCUGGAUGACAGCUUUGCACACUCUUGGCAUUCUCUCAACCAGCUUCAUGAGGUAGUCACCUGGAAUGCUUUUCCAACAGUCUUGAAGGAGUUCCCACAUAUGCUGAGCACUUGUUGGCUGCUUUUCCUUCACUCUGCGGUCCAACUCAUCCCAAACCAUCUCAAUUGGGUUGAGGUCGGCUGAUUGUGGAGGCCAGGUCAUCUGAUGCAGCACUCAUCACUCUCCUUCUUGGUCAAAUAGCCCUUACACAGCCUGGAGGUGUGUUUUGGGUCAUUGUCCUGUUGAAAAACAAAUGAUAGUCCCGCUAAGCGCAAACCAGAAGGGAUGACGUAUCGCUGGAGAAUGCUGUGGUAGCCAUGCUGGUUAAGUGUGCCUUUAAAUUCUAAAUAAAUCACAGACAGUGUCACCAGCAAAGCACCAUCACACCACCUCCUCCAUGCUUCACGGUGGGAACCACACAUGCAGAGAUCAUCCGUUCACCUACUCUGCAUCUCAGAAAGACACGGCGGUUUGAACCAAAAAUCUCAAAUUUGGACUCAUCAGACCAAAUGACAUAUUUCCACCAGUCUAAUGUCCAUUGCUCGUGUUUCUUGGCACAAGCAAGUCUCUUCUUAUUAUUGGUGUCCUUUAGUAGUGGAUUCUUUGCAGCAAUUUGACCAUGAAGGCCUGAUUUCACGCAGUCUCCUCUGAACAGUUGAUGUUGAGAUGUGUCUGUUACUUGAACUCUGUGAAGCAUUUACUUGGGAUGCAAUCUGAUGUGCACUUAAUUGCUGGUUUCUGAGUCUGGUAACGCUAAUUAACUUAUCUUCUGCAGCAGCGGUAACUCUGGGUCUUCCUUUCCUGUGGCGGUCCUCAUGAUUUCAUCAUAGCGCUUGAUAAAGCUAUCAUCUGGAUACCAACCCUACCUUGUCACAUCACAACUGAUUGGCUCAAACGCAUUAAGAAGGAAAGAAAUUCCACAAAUUAAGUUUUUAACAAGGCACAGCUGUUAAUUGAAAUGCAUUCCAGGUGACUACCUCAUGAAGCUGGUUGAGAGAAUGCCAAGAGUUUGCAAAGCUGUCAUCAAGGCAAAGAAUGGAUACUUUGAAGAAUCUCAAAUAUUUGUUUAACACUUUCUUGGUUACUACAUUAUUCCGUAUGUGUUAUUUCAUAAUUUUGAUGUCUUCACUAUUAUUCUACAAUGUAGAAAAUACCCCAAAAAUGAAGAAAAUCCCUGAAAUGAGUAGGGGUGUCCACAUUUCUGACUGGUACUGUACGUAAAUGAGAUAUUUCUGUAUUCAUUUUCAAUAAGUUUGCUUAAAAAUCUAAAAACAUGUUUUCCCUUUGUCAUUAUGGGGUGUUUUGUGUAGAUGGGGGGGUGGUAAUAAUAUAUAUAAUCCUUUAUGAAUUACGGCUGCAACACAAAAUGUGGAAUAAGUCAAGGGGUAUGAAUACUUUCUGAAGGCACUGUAUAUUUGUGCAAGAAGGCAUUUCCACCGCCAUUUCUCACAUAAUUAAUUUUACUGACACAAAAAGAUCCCACCUUGUCUAGUGUAUUAUGUUUUAUCGACAUUUGGAAAGUUUACUGACAGAUUAGCUGUUUCCAUCAGGCCUGUCGUGACAUUUAAAAAAAUCCGACAUGUACUUUACUCGCAUUAAAAGGUUGGUUGGAAACCUGUUUAGUGUAAGUGGGAUUCAUAUUCAACAUACACAUGCUAUAGCUACAUGUAACGGCCAAAAUAAUGGAAACGUUAGUAAAUUAGGGAUACAAAGUAUAUUGAAAGCAGGUGCUUCCACACAGGCGUGGUUCCUGAGUUAAUUAAGCAAUUAACAUUCCGUGCUUAGUGUCAUGUAUAAAAAUGCUGGGCAUGCCAUUAUUUUGAUUACCAUGGCUAUGCCCCCAUCCACAGGGCACAAGUGGUCACUGAAUGGUUUGAUGAGCAUGAAAACGAUGUAAGCCAUAUGCCAUGGCCAUCUUGAACAUUUAUGGGAGAUUCUGGAGCGGGACCUGAGACAGCGUUUUCCACCACCAUCAACAAAAACCAAAUGAUGGCGUUUCUCGUGGAAGAAUUAAAGAAAGUUCCAGACACUCGUUAAAUUUAUGCCACGGUGCAUUGAAGCUGUUAUGUCUCGUAGUGUCCCAAUGCCUUAUUAAGACACUAAGUUGGUGUUUUCUUUAUUUUGGCAGUUACCUGUAGCUAUAGCAUGGUGUAACCGUUACACCAAGAUAUCCAAACCUCUUGGCGUAACUGUUAGUGUGUUGGCUUAACAAUCGCAUCAGAAGUGGGAUGCUGCCCGUGAAGCCAUCGAAGAGGCGUGUACACGCGAGGGACUUGAUAUAGAGAAGCAUGACGAAGCGAUCUUAAGCCAACACAUAGUGACCCCGUCAAGGGGUUUGGACUUGACAGUCGCUGGACCCUGAUUCAAGUCCCAUCGGGGCUACCCCCCAAAUUCGCUACAACAUACUUCCAUGGUUGGUUUCAUUGACCACGUUUACAUGCGUACCGAUAUCCCGUUCUUAUUCGGGAUAUUCAAGUAUUCUGUUUUUGAGUUGACACAUAUAAACAAUCCUGUUUGCCCCAGAAGACUAAAAUAAAGUAGUGCUCACCAGAAUGUUAUACAUGGAUAGAAUGAAUGCAUUAGUAAUCUAGUUAACACCGGUAAAGUUGUCUGUUUCAUUUAGGGACCUGGGUAAAAAUGCAAUAACUCCAACAGUGGAAAGAUUGGUCCUGUGCAAAAUGUCCAAAUGUCAUCAGUUUGACCGGUUUUAAGGAAAUGAAAAGCUGAGAAAGCAACUUUACACGUUUCUGGUAAGUCUUCAGUUCAUCUUGGGUGCAUAUUUUAUGUGGUUGAAAUACUGUCUGCUUGUAUACAGUGCAUUCGGAAAGUAUUCAGACCCCUUCACUUUUUCCACAUUGUUACAUUCUAAAAUUGAUUAAAUUGUUUUUUCUCCCUCAUCAAUCUACACACAAUACCCCAUAAUGACAAAGCAAAACAGGGUUUUUAGAAAAUUUUGCAAAUGUAUUAAAAAUUACAAACUAUCACAUUUACGUAAGUAUUCAGACCCUUUACUUUGUUGAGGCACCUUUGGCAGCAAUUACAGCCUCAAGUGUCUUUAGGUAUGACACUACAAGCUUGGCACACCAGUAUUUGGGGAGUUUCUCCCAUUCUUCUCUGCACAUCCUCUCAGGCUCUCAGGUUGGCGAGGGAGCGUCGCUGCACAGCUAUUUUCAGGUCUCUCCAGAGAUGUUCGAUCGGGUUCAAGUCCGGGCUCUGGCUGGGCCACUCAAGGACAUUCAAGGACUUGUCCCGAAGCCACUCCUGCGUUGUCUUGUCUGUGUGCUUAGGGUCGUUGUCCUGUUGGAAGGUGAACCUUCGCCCCAAUCUGAGGUCCUGAGCGCUCUGGGGCAGGUUUUCAUCAAGGAUCUCUGUACUUUGCUCCGUUCAUCUUUCCCUUGAUCCUGACUAUUCUCACAGUCGCUGCUGCUGAAAAACAUCCUCACAGCAUGAUGCUGCAAUCAUGCUUCACCGUAGGAAUGGUGCCAGGUUUCCUCCAGAUGUGACGCUUGGCAUUCAGGCCAAAGAGUUCAAUCUUGGUAUCAUUAGACCGGAGAAUCUUGUUUCUCAUGGUCUGAGAGUCCUUUAAGUGCCUUUUGGCUAACUCCAAGCGGGCUGUCAUGUGCCUUUUUACUGAGGAGUGGCUUCCGUCUGGCAACUCUACCAUAAAGGCCUGAUUGGUGGGGUGCUGCAGAGAUGGUUGUCCUUCUGGAACGUUCUCCCAUCCCCACAGAGGAACUCUGAAACUCUGUCAGAGUGACCAUUGGGUUCUUGGUCACCUCCCUAACCAAGGCCCUUCUCCCCCGAUUGCUCAGUUUGGCUGGGCGGCCAGCUCUAGGAAGAGUCUUGGUGGUUCCAAACGUCUUCCAUUUAAGAAUGAUGGCGGCCACUGUGUUCUUGGGGACCUUCAAUGCUGCAGGAAUGUUUUGGUACCCUUCCCCAGAUCUAUGCCUCGACACAAUCCUGCCUUGAAGAAGCUCUACGGACAAUUAUUUUGACCUCGUGGCUUGGUUUUUGCUCUGACAUGCACUGUCAACUGUGGGACCUUAUAUAGACAGGUGUGUGCCGUUCCAAAUCAUGCCCAUUCAAUUGAAUUUACCACAGGUGGACUCCAAUGAAGUUGUAGAAACAUCUCAAGGAUGAUCAAUGGAAACAGGAUGCACCUGAGCUCAAUUUCGAGUCUCAUUGCAAAGGGUCUGAAUACUUAUGUAAAUAAGGUAUUUGUUUUUUAUUUUAAUACAGUGAGGGAAAAAAGUAUUUGAUCCCCUGCUGAUUUUGUACGUUUGCCCACCUGACAAAGAAAUUAUCAGUCUAUAAUUUUAAUGGUAGGUUUAUUUGAACAGUGAGAGACAGAAUAACAACAAAUAAUCCAGAAAAACGCAUGUCAAAAAUGUUAUAAAUUGAUUUGCAUUUUAAUGAGGGAAAUAAGUAUUUGACCCUCUCUCAAUCAAAGAUUUCUGGCUCCCAGGUGUCUUUUAUACAGGUAACGAGCUGAGAUUAGGAGCACACUCUUAAAUGGAGUGCUCCUAAUUACCUGUAUAAAAGACACCUGUCCACAGAAGCAAUCAAUCAAUCAGAUUCCAAACUCUCCACCAUUGCCAAGACCAAAGAGCUCUCCAAGGAUGUCAGGGACAAGAUUGGCUGGAAUGGGCUGGAAUUGGCUACAAGACCAUCACCAAGCAGCUUGGUGAGAAGGUGACAACAGUUGGUGGGAUUAUUCGCAAAUGGAAGAAACAAAAUAACUGUCAAUCUCCCUUGGCCUGGGGCUCCAUGCAAGAUCUCACCUCGUGGCGUUAAAAUGAUCAUGAGAACGGUGAGGAAUCAGCUCAGAACUACACAGGAGGAUCUUGUCAAUGAUCUCAAGGCAGCUGGGACCAUAGUCACCAAGAAAACAAUUGGUAACACACUACGCCGUGAAGGACUGAAAUCCUGCAGCGCUCGCAAGGUCCCCCUGCUCAAGAAAGCACAUAUACAGGGCCGUCUGAAGUUUGCCAAUGAACAUCUGAAUGAUUUACAGGAGAACUGGGUGAAAGUGUAGUGGUCAGAUGAGACCAAAAUCGAGCUCUUUGGCAUCAACUUAACUCUCCGUGUUUGGAGCAGGAAUGCUGCCUAUGACCCCAAGAACACCAUCCCCACCGUCAAACAUGGAGGUGGAAACAUUAUGCUUUGGGGGUGUUUUUCUGCUAAGGGGACAGGACAACUUCACCGCAUCAAAGGGACGAUGGACAGGGCCAUGUACCAUCAAAUCUUGGGUGAGAACCUCCUUCCCUCAGCCAGGGCAUUGAAAAUGGGUCGUGGAUGGGUAUUCCAGCAUGACAAUGACCCAAAACACACGGCCAAGGCAACAAAGGAGUGGCUCAAGAAGAAGCACAUUAAGGUCCUGGAGUGGCCUAGCCAGUCUCCAGACCUUAAUCCCAUAGAAAAUCUGUGGAGGGUGAUGAAGGUUCGAGUUGCCAAACGUCAGCCUCAAAACCUUAAUGACUUGGAGAAGAUCUGAAAAAGGACAAAAUCCCUCCUGAGAUGUGUGCAAACCUGGUGACCAACUACAAGAAACGUCUGACCUCUGUGAUUGCCAACAAGGGUUUUGCCACCAAGUACUAAGUAAUGUUUUGCAGAGGGGUCAAAUACUUAUUUCCCUAAUUAAAAUGCAAAUCAAUUUUAUAACAUUUUUGACAUGCGUUUUUCUGGAUUUUUUUGUUCAUUCUGUCUCUCACUGUUCAAAUAAACCUACCAUUAAAAUUAUAGACUGACUGUGGUCCUCUGUAGCUCAAUUGGUAGAGCAUGGCGCUUGUAACGCCAGGGUAGUGGGUUCGAUCUCCGGGACCACCCAUACGUAAAAAUGUAUGCACACAUGACUGUAAGUCGCUUUGGAUAAAAGCGUCUGCUAAAUGGCAUAUUAUAUUAUUAUUAUUAUAUCAUCAUGUCUUUGUCAGUGGGCAAACGUAAAAAAUCAGCAGGGGAUCAAAUACUUUUUUCCCUCACUGUACAUUUCUAAAAACCUGUUUUCUCUUUGUCAUUAUGGGGUGUAUUGUGUGUAGAUUGAGGGGAAAAAAUAAAUGUAAUCCAUUUUAGAAUAAGCCUGUAACGUAACAAAAUGUGGAAAAGGGGAAGGGGUCUGAAUACUUUCCGAAUGCACUGUAAGUGUCAAAGAUAACACAUUACACGUGCAUUCACAUUUUCUUAAGAGAUGCUGAAAGAAAUGUCAUAUUUCUCCACUCCUGUUCCCGAGACAUAAUUAACAUUUGUUGUAUGAUUUCACUGCAAGAAGUGCAUCAUUCUGCAGGAGUUUAUAUUAUAUUAUGCUACAUGUGAGAGGUUACAGACCUACAGUCAGUGUCCAUAUUUCAGUUACUAUUCCAGUUAACCCAUAUGAACUUAAAUUAGGAAUAUUCUGUUUAUUCAUGGACCAGGGAUACUCAUGAGCGGGAUAUCAAAGGUGCAUCUAAACAGCUUAUCCCAAAUAAGACCUUAAGAGGGAUAUGAGCUACUAUCCAGAAUACUGUGCACAUGUAAACGUGGUAAUUGACUCUCCCCUUAAACUGCCCCUAAUUCACCCAUUUACCCAAGUCCGUUGGAGAGGAUCAGCUUGAGCAAAGUGAGGUUUAGAAUCACACAAAUAUUAUUCCCCUUCAAAUAAUUAGUAGAGCUACGCCUAUCCUAGCUAAAGCUUACUGUAUGCUUCCCAGUCUAAACAGUUUGCACAUAUACUAUGACAACAUUUAUUAAGUUUGUUUUGGUGUUUGGCAGGUUAUUUUUCCGGCUGUUCGCGCACAAAUUUUUCUCGAGGCUUGUCGAAGUUCGGUAGCCGAAGCCUAUGCCCCUUCGUCGGUGAUUGGUCAACAUUAGGGAUUCUUGAAAUGUGUGUUGUCAUUCAAUGACAUACGACUAGUUUUUGACAUUUUUCUCACUAGAGAAAUACUGCACCAAACAUCUUUGUUAGAUGUAAAAUAACGUGACCAAGACCACCUCGGCAAAAACAUAAAUUUAUUUCCGAUUUUCUUGAGUUGUUUUAGAUCAAUUUGGACUAUUUUAAGGAAGUGUACUUGUUGCUACAGCAUCUCGAGGGACAUACAGGAAUAUUUUUCUCAUUUUUCAAGCGAUGGUAUUUUAAGGGAGUAUGCGAGCACAAACGUCACUUUGCGUAGAGAAGUUCUGCCAACCUAUGUAUGCAGACGCGUUAAAAGAAAAAUAGCCUUUGAAUGAUCCAAAACAUCACCCAUAAUAUUUUUAUGUUAUUAAAAUGCUCAGAAUAUAAAUUGUACCUUUUCUCUCAUCUCUAACUAUCAGGAAGCCUGAAAGAACAGGCUGAGUGGGCGGGAGCUUAUAUUCAUGAGCUCGCCUUGACUGACAGCACUUUGAAAUGCCCUUGUGGUCGUUGCCAGGUUACAAUGUAAACAAUGUCAUUCUUAGCCUAAAUAGUAUGCCUCAACCCAUUUUUUUCUGCAACAUGCUCAUGUUCAACAGAGCUGAUCAUGGACUGACAAACCGCAGCAAUACACAAUUGUUUUGUAACUAAUUACAGAAUACAGUUAGUUCACUGAUACACUUCACAAGAAUUAGUCAAGCCUGAGUCACCUUAGAAGCUUUGACAUGAAUGUACAUGAAAACAGCAUACAAUAAGUGAACUGGACAAUUGAUUGGUGCCGCUGCAUUAGCAUUAUAAAUGACCAUAUGUUCAGAAUUGUAUGUGUUGAUCAGACAUUUAUUUGAUAAUUUACAAUUGGCCAGCAUAGCUGAAAUAUUGAUCAACAUGAACACUCAUGAGAAAUAAAUUUGGCAUAAAAAUGUUUUAUUACAGCCAUAAGCCCAAUGCAGGACCCGUUGAUUCUUACAAUUUGUAACACUCCUCUCCCAUCCGAAUGAUUAUCAUAUCACGUAAAAGUGAAUUACUUAGGGUUUAGGAAAUGUAACCAAUUACAGAGAUUGAUCGGGAGAGGAAGGGGAACCAUGUACCCUGCUUCAAUCAAGCAGGCUUCAGUCACCAACUUGGCUUCAGUCACCCCCAAGAUUGAAGCGGGAGACAAAUCCAGCUAUGGCCUCCUCCUUGUCAGGCCUCUCACACUGGGCAGACGGGUCCUGGGAUGGACAGCUCGCACAGCUUCCCCACAUACAACGAUGGAUCAAGGGUGAAGAGGAGAUCCAGGAGCCUGUCUACGUAGCCUGUCAUGUUUUGAAAAGGCAAAUGUUUGUUAAAUGGGAAGUGUAUUUAAUUUCCUUUUAUUUAAUGUUCUGAGUUAUUGUUGAUGUAGUGGUCUACUCAUUCUAUUAUGUAUUUUCUGGUGUUUCUGAAGUACUUUUUUUGUGAAACUUCUCAAUGUUGGUGUGCUCAAUUGAUGCAGAUUUGAAAUGAAUAACUAUGUUGGGUCUGUCUUCACAGGCUUCACAGCAUAUCCCCCCUUUGCCUUUGGGAAAGCUGAUUUUGUAUCACAGCAUUCCUUUUGCAAAGGUUGCCUGAGAAGCUGUGCAGACAGUAGAUGUUGAAUUUUCUAAAAUGUCUAUCAUUACUGCUUGAUGAUAGUGGAAAGACAAAAGGUGAUGGAAAGUGAAAUGACUGUUAGCUUGCUAGCUAAGUCACACCACAGAUGAAAGGUUACCAGUUUAUUUCGUCGUAUGUUCUGCUUGAGCUAGCUAUUAGUAGCUAUAUUAUGGUCUGUAAACAAAACCAAAGCAUGGUGUAUAUGUGAUGACGGUUUUAAAGCGGUACAUAUUUAAAUUAGUAAAGAUGAUAAGAUGCUACCAAAGCCGGAAGUAAAUCCUUGGUAAUGCCUGCCUCCUGAAUCUUACGUUUUUGACACUGGGUGAGGGGACCGGUAACUUUAUGAUCAAACUUUAUCAAUGUACCAGCUACAGUCAUUUAUCAUACUUGGGUCACCCUACUUUGAACUGGUUUCAUCCAAAUAGUAUCCAAUUUGAAGAAAACAACAUGAUUUUCACUGUUCGGGACCUUUAAGGCAAUCCCCCCCCAUAAAAAACACUCAUGCGCAACCAGACGAUUGAUUGAUUUGAUUGACUGGAGACAGCUUGUGUCAAUUAAAUAAUAUUUCCUAUGAUUUUCUACCUGCAGCAAACCUACUGGAUAAUGCUGGACACACCGGUCAAAGAAAAAACCCCACUAAAACCAACUAAACUGGCCUUAUCUAUACAAUAUCUGAAGGUGAUGUGUGGUUGAGAAAAAUGGAUGUUUACCCAAUGGUGUCAUUAUCCCACCUCUCUCCUCAGUUCCAAAGCUCUUGGUGGACCUUCACGUGAAGUUGCUGAGGAAGAUUGGCAAGUCAGUGUCUGCAGACAGAUGGGAGAAGUACAUUGUGAAGGUAAAUGGAUCUCAGAACAAGGCUUGUCAUUUUUCUGCACACUCCGAGACAGUUUACGCGUUGCUUUAUAGAUGAUUCAACUUUCAAUAUAUUUAAUUUUUAUUAAAAUACAGGCAGCGGCAUGAGUCUGGGCAUUCUGAAAGAUGAUAUUGUAUAUUUUAGAGGUUUACCAAUGGAUGAUGGAAUGUGUUUCCUUAUAGGUGUGCCAUGAGUUCAACAGUACCUGGGCAUGGGAGCUUGAAAAUAAAGGAUACAAGGACAUGUCUGUGGAGUGCAAGACUGGAAUCCUCAAAGUAAGUGGCCAGUCUUUGUAAUUAGUAGGCCUAACAUCUCGGGAUGCACUAUGUUUAUUUUCAAUCAAAAUCACAAUAUUGACAUGUACAUCAUAUUGCAAGAGUUUGCAAUAUACAGUGCAUUCGGAAAGUAUUCAGACCCCUUGACUUUUUCCACAUUCUGUUACUGUACAGCCUUAUUCUAAAAUUGAUUAAAUUGUUUUUUUCUCUCAUCAAUCUACACACAAUACCCCAUAAUGACAAAGCGAAAACAGGUUUUUAGAAAUGUUUGCAAAUGUAUUACAAAUAAAAAUAAACAAAUACCUUAUUUACGUAAGUAUUAAGACCCUUUGCUAUGAGACUCGAAAUUGAGCUCAGGUGCAUCCUGUUUCCAUUGAUCAUUCUUGAGAUGUUUCUACAACUUAAUUGGAGUCCACCUGUGGUAAAUUUAAUUGAUUGGACAUGAUUUGGAAAGGGACACACCUGUCUAUAUAAGGUCCCACCGUUGACAGUGCAUGUCAGAGAAAAACCAAGCCAUGAGGUCGAAGGAAUUGUCCGUAGAGCUCAUAGACAGGAUUGUGUCGAGGCACAGAUCUGGGGAAGGGUACCAAAACAUUUCUGCGGCAUUGAAGGUCCGGAAGGACAACCAUCUCUGCAGGACUCCAACAAUCAGGCCUUUAUGGUAGAGUGGCCAGACGGCAGCCACUCCUCAGUAAAAGGCACAUGACAGCCCGCUUGGAGUUUGCCAAAAGGCACCUAAAGGACUCUCAGAUCAUGGGAAACAAGAUUCUCUGGUCUGAUGAAACCAAGAUCAAACUCUUUGGCCUGAAUGCCAAGCGUCACGUCUGGAGGAACCUGGCAUCAUCCCUACGGUGAAGCAUGGUGGUGGCAGCAUCAUUCUGUGGGGAUGUUUUUCAGCGGCAGGGAUUGGGAGACUAGUCAUGAUCGAGGGAAAGAUGAACGGAGCAAAGUACAGAGAUCCUUGAUGAAAGGCUGCUCUGCGGCUCAGGACCUCACCUUCCAACAGGACAACGAUCCUAAGCACACAGCCAAGACAACGCAGGAGUGGCUUCGGGACAAGUCUCUGAAUGUCUUUGAGUGGCCCAGCCAAAGCCCGGACUUGAACCCGAUCGAACAUCUCUGGAGAGACCUGAAAAUAGCUGUGCAGUGACGCUCCCCAUCCAACCUGACAGAGCUUGAGAGGAUCUGCAGAGAAGAAUGGGAGAAACUCCCCAAAUACAGGUAUGCCAAGCUUGUAACGUCAUACCCAAUAAGACUCGAGGCUGUAAUCGUUGCCAAAGGUGCUUCAACAAAGUACUGAUUAAAGGGUCUGAAUACUUAUGUAAAUGUGAUAUUUCUGUUGUAUUUAUUUAUUUUUGCAAAAAUAUUUUAAAAAAUGUUUUUUUCUUUGUCAUUAUGGGGUAUUGUGUGUAGAUUGGGGGGGGGGGGGACAAUUUAAUCCAUUUUAGAAUAAGGCUGUAACCUAACAAAAUGUGGAAAAGGUCAAGGGUGCUGAAUAUUUUCUUAAUGCACUGUAGCAGUAAUUAGGCUAGUUCUGCAUGCAAACAUGCAACAUAUAUUUCCAAACAAGAUGCAGGUGGUAAAAAUGACACCACUUUUCACCUAAAUAAAUCUACAUAUUUUCUGUAUGAUACAAAAGUGAAUUCUCUGAAAAUAUUGGUGCCAGUGGUGGUGGCACAGAUCUUGUGCAGUUCACCCAAAUGUGUUGUUGUGUUGCAAGUCAUAUCGCUAUCGCAAUAUUCCAUAAAAAUAUUUUGCAGCCCUACUAACAUCUGAUUUUGUUUUUGCCAAAGGAAACAUUUCUCAUACUUUUUCUCUCUCUGUCCAGCACUUAUGUGAGUGCCAGUUUGAUGACAAUGUCAAGUUCAGGACUGCAAUCAAUGAGGAGGAUCCCGAUAAGAUGCGGCUCCAUCCCAUAGGCAAGGACAAGGAUGGCCUGAUGUACUGGUUCCAACUUGACCAGGAUAACAAUGUGAGGGUCUAUGUGGAGGAGCAGGACGACCUGGACGGGUCCUCCUGGAAGUGCAUUGUCAGGUACUGUGGAACUAUUGUCCUGAGGGGCCUGGUGGGCUUUAGGGGAUGAAAGAGGCAUACUGUGGUACUGCAGAGCCUAAAUGUCAAGUCUUGUAUUCCAUGUGGAUUAUAGAUUACUUGGUUCAUAUGUAAUUUUACCACAAGACUGCUGAAAAUGUCUCUGUUAAACUGGAAAGACUGAUUUGAAUGAUCCAUCUCUAUGUAGAGACAGAAACAGCUUGGCUGAGAUCCUGGCACAGCUGAAGACUCAAAUCGACCCAGCACUGUUGACAAAGAAAGAAGGAGAGGAGGAAGAUGAGAACAAGAAGACUGUGGGAGAAGGUAAAGUAAUAUCGACAAAGCUUGUUGCAUCAAUAAUGUCAUGCCGUCUGUUUUUUGCUGUUUACUCAGACAUUUCUAUGAAAUUGAUGAUGCUUGAGUUCAGUCAUUUGCCUUGGAUCUAUUUUGUCAAAAGUGAACAAAACGUAUUUCCCUGACAGAUGCAGUAAUAAAUGUUGUACUUUUAUUUUCUAUUAAUAUAUAAUUCUGUUGUAACUGCAAUUCCUAUUUAUUAUACCUUUGUCCAUUAGGGGACAUUAAAAAGACAGAGGAUACCUCAGAGGAUGAAGAGGACAAACCCUCCAAGGAUACAGCUUCUUUAGUCUCCCCAAAAACAGAGAGUACAGAAAAAAAAUCCCUAACAGAGGAAUCAAAACCGGAUGUAUCAGAUGCCAAAUCCCCAUCGAAUGGCCUCAAAGACAACCAAGCCGAGUCAGAGUCAACAAGCCAAUCAGAGAAGUCAAUGAUGGAUGACACGGUCACCAUUAACACCCAGGCAAUCAAAGAAGAGCCGAUGGAGGUGUCAGAAUCCAAGGAGAGCACAGCCACAGGUGCUACAGAGCCUCUUGCAGAGAAACCUUAUGUGACUCCACAGAUAGAACAGACUGAGGAAGCCAAGAGGAAGACUGCAGAGGAACUCCAAAGGGUGAUGAAGAAUGACCAGCAGGCCAAAAUCCCCUUGAAAAAGAGAGAGAUGAAACUUAGUGAAGAUUUCGAUAAUAGUGGCAGUCGCAGUAGAAUCAUUGUGCGAAACCCAUCUGUUGCUCCUGUCAAAGAAGCUCCUAAAGUUGAGGAGUCAAGUAAAGAGGUCUCUGUUGCCCUGGUGGGGACGAUGGAGACUAAAAGUGAUCAAGUGAAUGGUGAUGCUCAGCCUGUCACAGAAAAAAGUGUGAAUAAUGGGAUGAGAGAAUCUCCUAAGGAGAUGGGAAUACAGAGAGAAUCUGCUGAUAGCAAAGAACAGCAAACAAAAGCUGUUGUUGGGGAAGAAUGUGAAGCAGCAGAAGCUAGUGCAAAAGAGAAAACAAACCUGCCCCUGCACAAGGACAAAAAGAAAGGGGAGAUGGCAAGCAACACUGAGGAGCCCAUGGAGGUGGCCAUGGCUGAUGAAACAAACCUACAGAAAACUGUUCCAGCCCCAAAGGCAGAAAUGGAAAGCACGGAAUCACUGAAUAAAUCAUCCAUAAAAGAGGAUAAGUCUUUGUCCCCUCUGACAAAGCCAUUGACUUCAUCUAAGGAUGCAACAAGCCCACCGGAAAAGUCCUCUGAUCGUAAAGAGGAACAAAAAGUCAAGGUAUCCAAGUGGGAUGUGAAAGUGCGUCGUACAGAACACAAGACAUCCACAUCAAUAGAAACAGAUAAAAACCCUUUAUCUAGUAAGUCACAAAAACCAGAUGAAACUAAAGGAACAGAUUCAUCAAUUGCAUUUCAAGAGGUAAAUUCGGCUGCCUUUAAGGAAACAGUUGUCCCUAAAGACAGUUGUCCCCUUUCUGUAGUGAAAGAGAUUAAAAAACCAUCCAUCACAAAAGCUACAGAAAAGCUGUUGAACCCUAAAAACCCAGAAACAUCAGUCAUCACUAAACAAACCGAGAGACCUGACCCCAUUACAGAGAAACCAGACAGCUCUAAAAGCACUGAGACGCCAGCAGUCAUAAAAAAUACAGAGAAACCAUCUAACAAAGAGAGUGCAGAGAAAUGUGAUGAUUUUAAAGAUAUCGAAACAUCUUCUGUCAUUAAAAAGACAGAGAUUUCAGAAAAUAGUAAAGAUGCCAAGAACCUGGCCAGCUCUAAAGAGACCAAUACAUCCUCAUUCCUUAAAAAGGCAGACAAACCAGUUCCCAAUAAAGAAGCAGAGAAACUGGACAACACUAAAGAGACUGAUGAUAAAUCGUUGGUCAUUAAAAUGACAGUGAAACCAGAGGCAUCUAAACAUACAGAGAAAUGUGAUACCCCUAAAGACAUUAUGUCAGCUGUCACCAAGGAGAAACCUGCUGUCAGUGCUGUAAGCACAAAUACAAAUGCAGCCCCUGAGGUGAAGAAAAAAACUGUCCUGGAGAAAGACUCUAAGAAAACAGCUGUCUGUAAAGAUGAGGAGACGAGAGCUGUUGUGGCAGUGACUGAGACAAAAUCUGGCCCUAAAGACGUGGAGAUGGCAGACAUCUCUGAGAAAUCAACCCAAUCACAACUGGAAGAACCCAAAAAGGUAGAGAAAUUGGGUAUCCCUAAAGAGAUGUUGAAAUCGACUACACCUAAAUACACAGAGAAAUCGGCUAAAUCGGCUACGCCUAAAGAUGCAGAGAAAUUGGCUACCCCUAAAUACACCGAUAAAUCUGCGUCCGCUAAAGACGCAGAGAAAUCGGCUACGCCUAAAGACGCUAAGAAAUCAGUUAUACACAAAGAUGCUGAGAAAUGGCCUAAAUCGGCUACGUAUGAAGACGCUGGGAAAUCGGCUACCCCUAAAGACACAGAGAAAUCAGCUACCCCUACAGACGCUGAGAAUUCAGCUAAAUCGGCUACGCCUAUCCCUAAAGACGUGGAGAAAUUGACUACUCCUAAAGACACUGAGAAAUCGGCUACUCCUAAAGACACUGAAAAAUCGGCUACUCCUAAAGACACUGAGAAAUCGGCUACUCCUAAAGACACUGAGAAAUCGGCUACUCCUAAAGACACUGAGAAAUCAGUUAUACAUAAAGAUGCUGAGAAAUGGCCUAAAUCGGCUACGUCUGAAGACGCUGGGAAAUCGGCUACCCCUAAAGACACAGAGAAAUCAGCUACCCCUACAGACGCUGAGAAUUCAGCUAAAUCGGCUACGCCUAUCCCUAAAGACGUGGAGAAAUUGACUACUCCUAAAGACACUGAGAAAUCGGCUACUCCUAAAGACACUGAAAAUCGGGUACUCCUAAAGACACUGAGAAAUCGGCUACUCCUAAAGACACUGAGAAAUCGGCUACUCCUAAAGACACUGAGAAAUCGGCUACUCCUAAAGACACUGAGAAAUCGGCUACUCCUAAAGACACUGAGAAAUCGGCUACCCUUAAAAACACAGAGACUGCCUCUAAAAAGAUUGCGAAAUCUUCAAGCUCUGAAGGACAGAAACCAGAUGCCUCUAAAGAAACGGAGAAACUGUCAGAUAUAAAGCCAAGUGCAGCAAAAGGAGAGAAAUGUGUCGCCUUUGAGGAUGCCAAGCGAUUACCCUCUCUCAAAGAGGCUGUCCCAGUGGAGGGGAAACAGGAGGAGCCUAUGGAAAUAAGUUCGGAAAAGUCAACAGAUGACAAUGUAAAUAUUAGGGGAUAUGCCGAUAAAGGCUGGACAAAAAAGGCUGUUAAAAGUGGAGAGAAUUCUGAGAGCGAGCCUAUCAAAAACUCAAACCGCAUGGACUGUAAUGCACCAUCAGAAAAACAGGCUACCAGCAAGAAGGCAUCAUCUCUCACUGAGACUGAAGGUGAGACAGACAAAAGCCAGGACAAAGUAAUCAAGGAAGAUGCCACAACACAGGGAUCCCCUAAAAAAGAGGAUGGGAAGGAAGAUAGUCAGGCUAAGAAAGACGACAAAAAGGAGGAUGAUGGUGCUGAGAAAGAUGAAAACUCAACUGCAGCAGAGAAAUCGGGUGAGGCAAAAGCAAGUAAGGGGUCUGAGAAUAAAGAGGAUGAGGACAAGAGUGAAAAAAAGGAUGCGGGAACAACAUCAGAGAUCCAAGAGGAGGGGAUUCGCCUGAAAAUACGCGGGAUUACUCACCGGAGGAAAGCUGAGCUCCAGACAAAGGAGAGGGACUCAGGGUCCGAUACUGGUGAGACUGGGAGAUCCCUGAGGAGGUCACCCAGGAUUUGCAGGCCGACCGCCAAGGGGGUGGAGUUCCAGGACAGGAGGCUGGAGAAAAAAGAGACCACACCCCCUGAGGAGAAGGAGGAGGAGGACGAGGAGGAGAAAACUGUUGAGAGGAAACCGAGAGAGAAGGUUAAUCAAGAUGGACAGUCCAAAUCUAAGGUAAGUUAUUUCAGUAACUGCAGAUAUUUCUACAUUCAUAUUACAGGUGGAUUGUGAAUGCAUGUUUUUGGAUCAACAGUAUCUUUUAGAUCAGGGAUUCACAGUGGCAGCCUUCAGUAAUUUGUGUAUGCUGUCCUACAUUAGCCUCGUGAAAUCCAAAAAUGAGGUGAGGUCUUUUGUUUUCAGGGGCGACGGAGGAGAAAGACCCGGUGGUCCAACACUCGAACACGAAGGCGCAAAAAGAAUGGUUCUGGUGAUGACAAUGAAAGCGAGUCAAGCGAAGAGGAGAGCGAGGAGGACGACAGUGAUGAGAGCUUUAAGGUGGAGAAGGGCAAGAGGAGGAGGAGGAACAGAGAGAGGCACAGCGAUGACUCUGACACCUCCUCGGAUGAUGACCUCCCUCCUAACGAAGACCCCUGCAAACACUGCGGCCUCCCCAACCAUCCCGAGCUGGUGGGUCCUCAUUGAAACUGAAUUGACUGGAAUUGAAAUGGAAUUGACCCUAACCCUGGUGGGCUGUAAUCAUGGUUAUACUAUAUUCAUAAUAUAUAUCUCCACUGACAGAUAAGACUACCAUAUAAUGUGUUCCAGCUAAUCCCCCUUCGUGUUUCCCCCACAGAUCUUGCUAUGUGACUCGUGUGACAGCGGCUACCACACGGCCUGCCUCAGACCCCCUCUCAUGAUCAUCCCAGACGGGGAGUGGUUCUGUCCACCCUGCCAACAUGUAAGUAACAACCAGAUGGUAAACAAUCGGUAGUCGCACUACAGUUUGGAUGCUAGCCACAUCACUAUGUUUUGAAUUAAUGGCUUGACUAUACACUCCCCUACAUAUUUAUUUGGACAGUGAAACUAAAACUUUUAAUUUGACUCUAUACUCCAGCAUUUUGGAUUUGAGAUCAAAUGUUUUAUGAGGCAACAGUACAGAAUGUCACCUUUUAUUUGAGGGUAUUUUCAUACAUGCAGUCAGGUCCAUAAUUAUUGGAACCCUUGAUAAAUAUGAGCAAAAAAAGACUGCAUAAAAUAAAUAAUAUAAAUACUGAGCUACAGUAUAUUGUAUGCUCCAAAAGAUUGGGAGAGAUUCUGAGAGAGAUUUUGUUUAACAAGUAAUCAAAAAAAAUCUCAAAGAUGGGGUUAAAAUUAUUAGCACCCCUGUUUUCAAUGCUCUUGCACCCUCCCCUUGCGAAGAUAACGACACAGCCCUUUUUCUUAAAUGUUUUAUGAGAUUAGAGAACACGUUGGGAGGGAUCUUAGACCAUUCCUCCAUACAGAAUCUUUCUAGAUCCUUGAUAUCCUUUGUCUGCUCUUAUCGACUGCCCUCUUCAAUUCAAACCACAGGUUUUCAAUGGGGUUCAAAACUGAGAUGGCCAUUGCAAAAUGUUGAUUUUGUGGUCAAUUAAAAUAAUAUUUGUGGAUUAUGGGUUAUUGACUUGAUGGAAGAUCCACUUGUGGCCAAGUGUCAGCCUCCUGGCAGAGGCAACCAGGUUUUUGGCAAACAUGCCCCAGGACCAGUGGAAGCAAAAUAGCUCCAUUACAUUUAAGUCAUUUAGCAGACGUUCUUAUCCAGAGCGAUUUACAAAUUGGUGCAUUCAACUUAGGAUAGCCAGUGGGACAACCACACCUUUUUUUUUUUGUGGGGGAGGGCGGGGGUAGAAGGAUUACUGUUGUGACUCCGCUGUCCUGGCGUCGUGGGGGAGCUUGUUCCACCAUUGGGGUGCCAGAGCAGCGAAUAGCUUUGACUGGGCUGAGCGGGAACUGUGCUUCCGUAGAGGUAGGGGGGGUAGCAGGCCAGAGGUGGAUGAACGUAGUGCCCUCGUUUGGGUGUAGGGUCUGAUCAGAGCCUGAAGGUAAGGAGGUGCUGUUCCCCUCACAGCUCCGUAGGCAAGCACCAUGGUUUUGUAGUAGAUGCAAGCUUCAACUGGAAGCCAGUGGAGUGUGCGGAGGAGCGGGGUGACAUGAGAGAACUUGGGAAGGUUGAACACCAGACGGGCUGCAGCGUUGUGGAUAAGUUGUAGGGGUUUAAUAACAUCAAAGAUACACCACCAUAUUUUACCAUAAGAAUUAGGUACUUUUCUGCAUAUGCUUCUGUUUUAACGCCAAACCCACCACUGGUGUGCGUGGCUAGAGAGCUCUAUUUUCAUGCAAUCUGACCAUAGCACCGGUUCCAAUCCAAGUACCAAUGCCGUUUAUCAAACUCCAGAUGGUGCUAUGGUCAGAUGACACGAAAAUCGAGCUCUUUGGCCACGCACAUCAGUGGUGGGUUUGGCGUUAAAACAGAAGCAUAUGCAGAAAAGUACCUCAUACCUAUGGUAAAAUAUGGAUUAUGUGGUGCCCAGUAGAAAUGAGUGGGAAAUAAUUUGUCAUUUUGUCACUUUUAUUGUAAAUAAGAAUAGAAUAUAUUUCUGAACACUUCUACAUUAAUGUGGAUGCUACCGUGAGUGCAUGAAUCGGGAAGAAUGAUGAGUGACAAAGUUAGAGGCAUAAAUAUCAUACCCAUCAAAAAAUGCUAACCUCCCGUUAUUGGUAAUGGUGAGAGGUUAGCGUGUUUGGGGGCAUGAUCUUUGUCACUCAUCAUUAUUCACGAUUCAUUCAUGAUUAUCUGUAAUCAUGGUAGCAUCCACAUUAAUGUAGAUGUGUUUAGAAACAUAUUCUAUUCUUAUUUACAAUAAAAGUGACUCCAAAAUGACAAAACAAACUACAAAUGCAUCCAACAAGUAUGUAUUGUCACCUUCCAACAGGACAACAAUGUAAACAUUGCGUGUUAGGAAUAUGGGACCAAAUACUCAACUUUUGAAUAAAUUUAAUACACUAUAAGUGAAUUUGUCCAAAUACUUAUGACACCUUCAAAUGGGGGGAUUAGAUACAUAAAGUGCUUUAAUUUCUAAAUGGUCAAACAGAGUGCCUUCAGAAAGUAUUCACACCCCUUGACUUUUUCAAAAUGUUGUUGUGUUACAGCCUGAAUUUAAAAUGUAUUAAAUUGAGAUUGUUUGUCACUGACCUACACACAAUAACCCAUAAUGUCAAAGUGGAAUUAUGUUUUUAUUUUUAUUUUUUACACAUUUAUUAAAAAUGAAAAGCUGAAAUGUCUUCAGUCAAUAAGAAUUAAACCCCUUUGUUAUGGCAAGCCUAAAUAAGUUAAGGGGUAAAAAAUAUGCUUAAGUCGCAUAAUUAGUUGCAUGGACUCUGUGUGCAAUAAUAUGAUUUUUUUAAAUGACUAGCUCAUCUCUGUACCCCACACAUACAAUUAUCUGUAAGGUCCCUCAGUUGAGCAGUGCAUUUCAAACACUGAUUCAACCACAAAGACCAGGGAGGUUUUCCAAUGCAAAGAAAGGCACCUAUUGGUAGAUUAGUAAAAAAAAAAAAAAGAUAUUGAAUAUCCCUUUGAGCAUGGUGAGGUUAUGCAUUACACUUUAGAUGGUGUAUCAAUACACCCAGUCACUACAAAUAUAGAGGUGUCCUUCCUAACUCAGUUGCCGGAGAGGAAGGAAACCACUCAGGGAUUUUACCAUGAGGCCGAUGGUGACUUUAAAACAGUUGCAGAGUUCAAUGGCUGUGAUAGGAGAACUGAGGAUGGAUCAACAACAUUGCAGUUACUCCACAAUACUAACCUAAAUGAGAGUGAAAAGAAGGAAGCAUGUACAUAAUAGAAAAUAUUCCAAAGCAUGCAUCCUGUUUGCAACAAGACACUAAAGUAAUACCUCACAAAAUGUGACAACGCAAUUAACUUUUUGUCCUGAAUACAAAGUGUUAUGUUUGGGGCAAAUCCAAUACAACACACUACUGAGUACCAUAUUUUCAAGCAUAGCGGUGGCUGCAUCAUGUUAUGGGUAUGGGAGGACUGGGGACUUUUUCAGGAUAAAAAUGAAAUGGAGCUAAGCACAGGCAAAAUCCUAGGGGAAAACCUGGUUCAGUCUGCUUUCCACCAGACACUGGGAGACAUUCACCUUUCAGCAGGACAAUAACCUAAAACACAAGGCCAAAUCUACACUGGAGUUACUAACCAAGAAGAACAUUUAGGUUCCGGACUGGCUGAGUUACAGUUUUGACAUAAAUCUACUUGAAAAUAUGUGGCAAGACCUAAAAAUAGUUGUCUAGCAAUGACCAACAUCCAAUUUGACAGAGCUUGAAGAAUUUUGAAAAGAAUAAUGGUAAAAGGUUGCACAAUCCAGGUGUGAAAAGCUCUUUGACUUACCCAGAAAGACUCACAGCUGUAAUCGCUGCCGAAAGGUGCUUCUACAAAGUGUUGACUCAGGGAUGUGAAUACUUAUGUAAAAUAGAUUUCUGUAUUUCAUUUUCAAGAAAUUUGCAAACAAAAAUCUAAAAACAUGUUUUCACUGUGUCAUUAUGGGGUAUUGUGUGUAGAUGGGUGAGGGAAAAAAAUUAAAAAUUCUGAAGGUACUGUAUGUAUGAAAAUACUCUCAAAUAAAAGGUGGCAAACUGUACUGUCGCCUCAUAUAAAACAUUUGAUCUGAAACCCAAAAUGCUGGAGUAUAGAGCCAAAUUAAAAGGUUUAGCUUCACUGUCCAAAUAAAUAUGUAGGGGUGUUCUGUAUGUGUGGUGUUCUGUCAUUCUUACCCCUCUCUCCUGGUGACCCCCUGCAGAAGCUACUCUGUGACAAGCUUGAGGAGCAGCUUAGUAAUCUCGAUACUGCCCUGAAAAAGAGGGAUCGCGCUGAGCGAAGGUGAGAACCUCUGAACCAUGACCCUUGGUGUAAAACAGCAAAUGACAACCGGAAGAUAAUGUAGCUCUUGGGUCUAGAAAUAUAAAUUUAGUUGGGUUAUUAUUAAAGAAUAUGAGGCUCAGUCCACAACACAUGCAAUUGGAGUCUACACUGAAUUGCAUUGAGCUUGUUGUAUUGUCGAACCAAUCACCCUGAUCUGUGUAUCCAUCUCAAACAUUUAAUGGAGCUUACAUUGCUUCAACAUUUCUUGUUGUACAAUGGUCGUGGGCCUCUUUGAUAAUGGGAAAGCAGUUUUUUUUUAUUCUAUCAAAAGUUGUUUUAAAUUAAAUUAUUGUAUUUUCUCUCUCCAGAAAAGAACGUUUGGUCUAUGUUGGAAUAAGUGUUGAAAACAUCAUCACUCCCUCUGUAAGUAGCAUUUGAUUGUUAUGGUUAUACCGUCAUGAAAGUCAAUUGCAACACAUCCAGAAUUCAGUGUGUUUGUUGGACAUCCUUGUAAAAUGGUCUGUCACACCGUUCACUGCCUAGCCUAGACUUAUUGCUUCCUAUAGUGUACUGACACAUUGCCAACUCUCAUUUCAGUUGGAGGUAGAGGAAGAAAAGGAGGAAGAAGUGGUGAAGAAGGAGAAAAAAGAGAAGAAAGAGAAAAGCAAGAGCUUGGGUCGAAGGUCGACAAGGGCAAAGAAAAGCAUAAGUUACAGGUAUGAACUCUGUACUAAACUCAUGGUUAUGAAAAAAUUGUAUGUGUGGCUGGUCUUUAUUUAUUGUUUCAAUAUGGUGGCUGUUAAGUCCCUGAAUAAUUUCAACGUCUUGUUUGCAGGUUUGAUGAAUUUGAUGAGGCUAUCGAGGAGGCAAUUGAAGAAGACAUCAGAGAGGCUGAUGGUGGAGGUACAGUUGGAGGACAUUAUGGAAUCUGGCAACAGUCACAGAAUUAUGAAUUUAAUUCAAUGUCUCUUAGUUUUAUUGAUGUUCUGAAAUUAUUUCUGUCUGCAGCAUUUCACCUGUGCACCCCUGGUAAUUGUGCACUGUUCAAGCUUUAA